UGGGUGUGCGGGUCUGGAGCCCUGCCCAGGAGUUUGAGCCAAAAGUCUGACCGAAGUGUUGACACAGAAGUCUUACCUGACAUUCAGUCUUUAAGGACCAGUCAGGACCCUGGCUCACCUCCUGCUCCGAUGCUUCCUGGGGUCACACCCACUAGGAGCAUCUCACAUGUGCUGGAUUCUUCCCAGAAAGCAAAGUGCUCUCAAUCCUGGCUGGCAGGGACUGUCUCCAUUUUACAGAGGGGGAAACCGAGGCUCCGAGGCCGAGCGACAGGGAGUGGCUUACCCUGGGCCAUACAGUCAAUGAGAAUGAGGAUUAUUAGAGGCCACCCCCAGGAUGCCCUGCACGGAGACCUUUCUCCAAAGUUAAUCAUUACUGUAACCCCAAACUGGUCUUCCCGCUUUGCAGAAGAUCAACCUGGAACUCAGACAGCUAGUGGGUGGGAACCAAGAAUCAUGAGGCUCUGCGCUAACUGCUACUGUGCCCUGGAGAAGCACCCAAUUCCGGAGCCUUGGUCUUCGGUAUUUAACAUCUCGGGGUUGGGGGCACUGUGCUCUCAUGAGUUCUUUGACAGUGAAGCACUUCUUGAUCAGGAAGGACAGUCCCCCACGACAUCCUGUCCCCGUCCUAACAGGAAACACCCAAUUAGUGACCUGGUGUUUCUUCAAAAUGGUGGCCUAAGGAGCUGA